CAAAGCUCCACAAUGCCACUGCUUCACUCUCUCACCCUCCUCCCUACUCCCUCGUCUUCCUCCUCCUCCUCCUCCUCCUUGGUCUCUUCUCCUCAUCCAAAUCCUCAUCACUUCAUCAAGUUCCGCACUUCUUACCGUGAAAACCUCCGUCAUCUCAAGACCCUCCGCAUCAUCCCACCAGACACAAAACCCAACAAGCUCCCACUCCCCGACGCUGCUGAGCACCUCCUCUCCACCGUCAACUUCCUCAAGUCCAAGGGCUUCUCCGACUCCGACUUCCAAAGGCUCGCCUUCCUCUCCCCCAAUCUCUUCUCCUCCAACUUCGACCCUACCGACGUCAUCCCCAUCUUCGACUUUCUAGCCAACGAGCUCUCCGCCUCGCCCGAACAGUCCUGCGGCCUCAUCCUCCGUUGCCCCGACCUCCUCUUCUCCGACGUCGAGUUCUGCCUCCGUCCGACGCUGCAUUUCCUAAGACAGGUGGGAGUCGAGAAGCUGAGCACGCCAACGAACUUGAACGCGCAUUUGUUGAACACAAGGGUGGAGAAGCUGAGAGCGAAGGUAAGGUUCCUGAGGAGCUUAGGGUUGUCGUACGACGAGGCGGAGAAGGUGUGUGAGAGGCUGCCGGCUAUAUUUGGGUACAGCGUGGAGGGAAAUCUGAUGCCGAAGUACGAGUAUUUGGUGGAGGAGAUGGAGAGGAGUUUGGAGGAGUUGAAGAAGUUUCCACAAUACUUUGGGUUCAGCUUAGAAAAGAAAAUAGCGCCAAGGCAUUUGCAUUUGAAGGAGAGGAAUGUGAGGAUUCCUUUGAAUAGGAUGUUGUUGUGGAGUGACCAGAGAUUUUAUGCAAAAUGGAAAUAAUCAAACAACGAAUUUGUACACUCGGUGAUUGCAUUAGAUCAUCUGUAAUGUGUAGUAGUAAUAUAGGAUAAUGUGAAGCA